GCAGCCGCGGGAGCCAGUGGGCUCCCUCAGUUCCCGAAGGCCCGCCCCUGCGGGGGGCGCGCGUGGCUGAGCUUAAAAGGCGAGAGGGAUCGCUGUCUGCAAGAUUUUUCCUCGACAGAUCCUGCCGCAGUCCCGUCCCUCCUACUCUGCCUGCCUCUGUCGGCGUCACCUCUGCCAGCGUCUCGUCUUUCUCCUGCGCCUGCCGCCUCCAGGUCCUGAGCUGCUGCCUGCUCUCUCCGACCCCUGCCACGAGGUAACGCGUCCCGGACCGAGCCCCUGUGGGUGUGGCCCGGGCUCGCUUGCGCCGGGUCGCCCUGUCGCAGCACUUUGGUCUCCUCCCACGCCCACCUCCUCAUUUCUGCCUCCUCCCGCACUCCCCAUAACUCCCUACCGCCAAGUGCCGGGCACUCAAAGCCCCGGGAACUUGUCACAAUGUCUGAAGCGGCGGGAAAUCUCAAUAGCCUCCGCUUGGCGAAUGUGGCCCUGCGAGAGGAGUUAAAUGCCCUUCGAGGAGAGAAUGUCCAGCUGGGCCUGCAGCUCGGAAGAGCCUUGGCCGAGGUUAAUUCCUUGCGGGGCAAUGUCUCGAGCUAUAUCCGCUGGCCCAUGCCCAUAGUGCCGGUCCUUGCCGAGGAGAACUUUGAGUUCCUGCUCAAUGAGACUGAUCCCACUCCUGAGGAGGAGGAAGAGGAGGAGGAGGAAGAGGAGGAGGAGAUGCCUUUCCUGUGCUGGCCUCCUCCACGCACAGAUCCCGAGUACGUCUCAGAUGAUCUUUUGAUUAAUGUGGUCCAGGACUAUACCAACCCCGACGGGUCCAGUGACCCUCCUCUGUCACCCAGCCUGUCCCAGCCGGAACUGCACUCCCCCAUGUUAAAGGAGCCAACCUUUGAAUUCCUUCUGCCACCGCUGGAGCGGCCAGACAUAGAACCCUUUUCAGGCGACCCAGUGUACCUGGCUGAAUUUCUGAUGCAGCUAGAGACUUUCAUAGCAGAUCACGAGGAUCACUUCCCUGGGGGCGCGGAACGGGUGGCAUUUGUGAUCUCCUUUUUCACAGGGGAAGCGAGAGAAUGGGCUAUCUCAGUCACCCAGGAAGGAAGCUCCUUGCAUGCCAACUUCCCGCGCUUCCUGGAUGAAAUCCGUAAGGAAUUCUGUGGCCCCAUCCCCUCACGCGUGGCUAAAAAGGCCAUACGCAAGCUCAAGCAGGGAAAUUGUACCCUGGGCAGCUAUGCAGAUGCUUUUCAGUUCUUGGCCCAGUUCUUGUCUUGGGAUGACUGUCGCCUCCAAAACCAAUUUCUCAAAGGCUUGUCGGAUUUUUUUCGAAAGGAACUCUUAUGGUCAACUGAAGUGGCAGACCUGGAUGAGCUGAUUCUUGAGUGUAUCAAGAUAGAAAGGAGAGUGCGUGUCCCCAAGACAGUCUCACUCCCUGGAGUUCAAAAUAGCUGCUGCCCCUUUGCACUAAUUCCUAAUGAGGAUGAAAAUGAAGGUGUGGAGUUCUACAGUGAAAAUGAGGGUGAGGGUGAAGAGGCAGGCGGGUACAGGCUUUAUCUGAAGGACCAGAGGCAGCUCAUGACCACUUUCCCACAAGACAUGAGGGAGGAAGAGGAGGAGAUGAGGAAAGAGGAAGAAGAGAUGGAGGAUGAGGAGGAUGAGGACGAGGAUGAGGAUGAGGAUUAUGAAUUUGAGGAUGAUGAUGAAGACGACGAGGAGGAUGAAGAAGAGGAGGAAGAGGAGGAAGAAGACAAGGAGGAGGAGAUGAAGAAUGAGGAUAGUGAUGAGAAUAAGUAUGAAGAAGACGAUGAAGUUAUCGUUAGGGUCCUGGAGCCAGAGCAGGAACAAGAGAGGGAGGAGAUAGAGCACGAGCACGUGUAUGUACACGAGCACAUACAUGCACAUGUGCACACACUGGCUGCCCACCACCAUGGCCUACAUGGAGAGCUCAUGGUGAUGGAUGAACCUGUCCUUGUUGACACGUCAACCCAGACCAUUAGCUCUGCCAUAGGCUACCAUGCUGAAAAUUACCUGGGGGUAUCACCUUCUGUAAUGCAUUCUAGCAGACAGAGGAACCAGAAUCGAGUCCCACUUCUGGAGGGCCUUCCCGGGACCAAUUCAUCCUUCUACAGCUCACCACCACUGAUUCGCCAUGCAGGUCGCUUGGGGCAACGCCAAAUGCGAAGGCGUCCCUCAGUGCUCUUCUGCCUCACUCCUAGGCAGGGGGGCCACCGAGCUACUCAAGGUCGAAUUCGAGUGUGAAUACUGGAGGUGAGUUGGCCACGGGGAACACACCCUUCCACCGCUUCCCUUGCCUCUGCUAUUGCUGCUGUACGUGCCCCAUCUACUGACCAGUCCGUACGAAAGCUCCAGACCGGAGGAAGACCUGCAGAAUUCCAGAUUGUUUCGCAACCACAACCAGAAGAGUGAAAAGUGCCCAACCAGGGCCAUCCAGGAAAGGGAAGGUCAGGACUCAACAGUCCUCUUGCUGUGUACUCUGCUCAGUCCUCGCACAAAGUUGCAAAGCAAGUCUCUUGGCCUGUUCUUGUAAAUGGCACUGGUCACCUUUGUCUCCAACUCUAGUUGUCCCCAAUCUUCGCCUCUCCUGUGCUUCUUUGCCCUGUGUUCUACAGUGUUAUCCUGACUUCACCCCAAUGCCUGAGUGAUCUGCCCCAACCAAUGAUCUAAAGGCAUUAGAUCUAAACUCUUAAUGCCCUGAGGCCAUUACUAGACCACGAGCAGGAUGACACCAAGAAAUACAUACUCACCAUAUUUCCAGCAGAAGGGCCUGAAAGGGGAACCUACACCUAGCGCAGUGAGAACCUGCAAAGUCACGUGUGCAAUGGACAGCUUGACUGAGGUUUACUCUCUUUGCGGGGGGGAUGGCGGACAAACGGACCUCACUUUGAGUGCUGGGGUUUACCUUCCCUCAGACUCCUGCCUCAGGACCUCUGCACAGACUUUGGCUACUUCCACCUUCAUGUUGCCUACAGGACUGGCAUUAGAGGGAGGGGAUGCAGAGGUGGCGGGAGCACUGCAGUUCAGUUUGACAUCCUAAGGAGUGACUCUUGCUUUAGGAACAGGGCCCUCUUCUCCUGGCUAGGCUUUAAGACUGCAGCCCCAGCCAGAGGCCUCUGAGGAGACUGUGUCCCCUAGGCUGUGGAGGUGGCCUUGCUGGCCCACUCUUUAAGCCCCUCUGACUCUAAGGGGUCCUCACUUCUGAAAGGAGAAAACAGGGCUGGCUCUGCAGAGACUGGACUCAUUGCAGUGUUGCUGCCCAACACCCCCAUGGCUCUCACCUGAGGGGCAAACCUCUCCCAGGCC